ACUCAGGUUGAUCGUCUAAGUUUCAGCAGCUGCGUCGCAUCUUGUUGUCCAAGUGAUAACUAUCGACCUGGAGUGUUAAUACUGUUUUAGGUUUAUAUUCCCAGUAAGUUUGGCUUUAAAAGGGUUCGGUUUUCAUGGUUUACACGGUCACGAGCCUCUCUGUUGGGGGUGUUUUGUGUCUCAGACGGGGCGGGGCUUAAAUUCCAAACUGGAAUGAGUUUCGUCCUGAUACGUCACUCUGGGAUAGGCUGCGAGCGACCGAGCAACGCUGUCAGUCAGCUUGUUACCUACGCAUCCAAGGGACCCCCAGGCAGGAGAAAGUAGCCUUGCCCAUCGCGGGUUUAAGGCUCUGGGAUUAAAGUGAUCCAGUCUCUCAGCUUUCGUCGAAACUGCCAGCGAGGAUUCAUGCUGUGUUGUUAGCUCAAUGCGGUACGAAGCUAAAAUGAUGCCGAUGUUCCUGACAGUAUACCUCAGUAACAAUGACCAGCAUUUUACUGAGGUUCCCGUUACCCCUGAGACCCUGUGCCGGGACGUGGUGGAGUUGUGCAAGGAGCCGGGGGAGACAGACUGCCACCUAUCUGAGAUGUGGCGUGGAUCUGAGCGAGCCGUAGGUGACGGGGAGAGAAUGCUGGAUGUGCUCCAACGAUGGGGACAACACAGGGCAGAGGUGCGCUUCUUUCUGCGUCACAAUCGAGCCCCUAGCAGGGAAUCAGGGGGGUCAAGAGGCUCAGAGCCGAAGAGGAAUGGAGUGAAGGGUCCCCCAGACAGAAGAAUGGAGAACGGGGUGGCAACCCCUCGCAUGGACAUGACGCUGGCCGAACUACAAGAGAUGGCUGCCAGACAGCAGCAACAGAUAGAAGCUCAACAACAGCUCCUAGCUUCCAAGGAGCAGAGGCUACGCUACUUGAAGCAGCAGGAGCAGCGUCAGCAGCAGCAGGCCUCUGAGCAGGAGAAACUGCAGCGUCUCCGAGAGAACAUUGAGAACCAGGAAACUCGACUUAAGAAGGUUAGAGCCCUCAAGGGCCAGGUGGAGCAGAAACGUCUCAGCAAUGGCAAACUGGUGGAAGAGAUCGAGCAGAUGAAUAACCUGUUCCAGCAGAAGCAGAGAGAACUAGUGAUGGCUGCAUCCAAGGUGGAGGAUCUCAGUCGACAGCUUGAGUUGCUUAAAAAUGGCAAAAUGGACAACUUCCAUGACAAUCAGAGCUCUGUGGCUGAACUAGACCGCCUCUACAAGGAGCUGCAGCUGAGGAACAAGCUCAAUCAGGACCAGAACUCUAAGCUACAGCAGCAGAGAGAGAGCCUGAACAAGCGCAACCUGGAGGUGGCCUCCAUGGACAAACGGAUCAGUGAGCUGCGAGAUCGUUUGUGGAAGAAGAAGGCGGCACUGCAGCAGAAAGAAAACUUACCUAAUGGCUAUCCUGGUAAAGAGAGGGCUUCAAAAGACACUCAUCUUCAGCUGCCUUCUGAUGGCCAAGCUGGACAGCAGUCAGGCCCGUCUCGGGUGGCGGCGGUCGGCCCGUACAUCCAGUCGUCCACGAUGCCCCGGGGCCCAGUGAGGCACGAGCUGCUUGUAAAACCAGGCUACCCAGACGGCACUGCCACCCUACCAUCCCACGACCAGCAGAGCAAGGCCGGCACAGGUCUCCAGCCAUCCAAGAUGGCAGACUGGGGCUCUUCAGGUCCAGAAUCAAACGCCAACAGCCAUGGUCCAGCUUCAACACUGCCUCGAAUGGCCUCGCACUCCAACUCUAACACAGAACAGGAUGAGGCAGAACAGAAGAGAGACAGGAAGGUGCGUCCGUUUUCCAUGUUUGAGCCAAUGGAGGCUCCUGUCUCUUCCCUACGCAAAAACCAGAGCAGUGAUGACCUCGUCAGGGACGCUCAGUCUGCUCCCAAGCCUCCAGUCAAGGUGCCUCCUCCUGUCCCCACCAAACCCAAAGGCCCUGGUGUCAUGCCCCACACCAAACAAGGCCUCAACACAGGCACCUUCCCAAAAACCAAGCCCCACAGCCAGCAGCCCCACGUUGCACAGGGCCGCAGCCCGCUCCCACCCUCACAGAGCCAGACACUCCCCCUACCCUCCAAGCAGGACACUCCACCCGCAGCCACCGUACGGCCCUUCACACCUGAGCUUCCCUCCUCCAAAGACUCCAGUCUGAGUAAACCCCAGACCUUAGCGGCCAGCUCCAUCUACUCCAUGUAUACGCAGCAGCCAGGCACAGGGAAGCCUUUCACGCCUGGUGUGCAGGGCGCUCUCAACAGGUCUCAGAACCGCAGUAAUGGAUUCAUCAGUGUGUAUGGUAAACCAGUAAUCCCCAGCGGAGGCUCCCCACAUCCAGAGAACCCUUACCUGGACCGCCGCUCCCCCGCCCUAGAAUCUGAAGUCGACCAUAAUGGAGCCCACUACACAGGUCCCAGCCCACCGGAGGGCACACAACCAGAAACUGAGCGCAUCCCCCGGCCCCUGAGCCCAACCAAGCUGCUUCCCUUCAUUUCCAACCCCUACAGGCAUCAGAGUGAUGGUGACCUAGAAGCUCUGAGAAAGAAGCUGUACAACGCCCCAAGGCCCCUGAAGAAACGUAGCUCCAUCACUGAACCAGAGGGUCCUGCAGGGCCCAACAUCCAGAAACUCCUCUACCAGAAGACCACACUGGCAGCUAUGGAGACCUUGACCACACCAACCACUCCAACCUUUGCUGGUGAAGCAGAGAAAGCAUCAGAGGGGUCUGUUCCUAGCCCACUGAGUGGUGCGGAGACCCACCCAUCAGAGAUGGGACAGACUCAGGAGGGAGGUCAGCCCUCGUCCCACAUCCCAGGUGCUAAUAUCCACAUUCCAGCCCCUCCUGAACAGACCAAACCAGCUUCUGCCAUCCUAGAGAGUGAGGACAUAAUCCCCCCACCUCCGCCAUCCCACCCUGCCCCGAGGCCUGAUGAUGCGCUUUUCCCACCACUGCCCUCUAUGGGCUCAGAUGAUGUGAUGCCCAACCUGCCUCCUCCACCUCCAGAUGGUUUCCUGGAAGAGUUCCCACCUUACCCACCACCUCCAUACCCCAGCGGAGCGGAGCAGGACAGCUUGGGAGAGGACACCUUUAACAUGAAGGCACCGGAGGUCACCGGCCAGGUCACUCUGCCACCGGGAAAGAGGACCAACCUGCGCAAAACUGGCUCUGAACGCAUUGAUCACAGCAUGAGAGUCAAGUUCAACCCCCUGGCUCUGCUGCUGGACUCGUCUCUGGAGGGAGAGUUCGACCUGGUCCAGAGAAUCAUUUAUGAAGUGGAAGAUCCCAGUCUGCCUAACGACGAAGGAAUCACUGCUCUACACAAUGCUGUCUGUGCCGGACACACAGAGAUUGUCAAAUUUCUGGUUCAGUUUGGCGUCAAUGUCAAUGCAGCCGACAGUGACGGCUGGACACCACUCCACUGUGCUGCAUCCUGCAACAAUGUGCAAGUGUGCAAGUUCCUGGUGGAGUCCGGUGCAGCAGUGUUUGCUAUGACUUACAGCGACAUGCAAACGGCAGCUGAUAAAUGUGAAGAGAUGGAGGAAGGCUACACUCAGUGCUCUCAGUUCCUCUAUGGCGUGCAAGAGAAGAUGGGUAUCAUGAACAGGGGUGUGGUUUACGGUCUGUGGGACUAUAACAGUGAAAACCCUGACGAGCUCCCAUACCGCGAGGGAGACUGCAUGACCAUCCUCCGCAGAGAAGACGAGGACGAGAUUGAAUGGUGGUGGGCACGCAUGGGUGACACUGAAGGUUACAUUCCCCGCAACCUCCUUGGGCUCUACCCAAGAAUAAAGCCGAGACAGAGAACCCUGGCUUAAAACACAAAGACCCCUGCACAUUCCAGUCUGCAACACACACACACAGGCUUUAACAGACUGGGGAGGAGAAGGACACUGCUGAAAUGAAGAAAUGAGGACAGACCAAACAAAAUGAAGGAUCAACUUUGAGCUCUGUGGCACUUUUUAUUUUAAAUCUACAACAGAGGGAUUCUCCCUCGCUUACUUUCCAGGCCGCACUGUGUACUUAUGAAACUAUUGGCAUUGUUUUUCCUUUAUUCCAUUAUUUUUGUUGUUUUUGUAAUUUGUGUCUGAAACUAUUUCUUAAAGUGACAGAAAAUCACAUAUUGGGAUGUAAAUGGAACAAGCAGUAUUUUAUUGCUAUUGAGUGUUUUUUUAAACACUAGUGAAUAGUCUUAUAAAACUUGUUUUAUGGGCUAUCAUUUACCUUCCAACAUACUUCGCUCUACAUCGCAUGAAGUGGACUAUGAUGAUGAUGAAAUGCUCUGUCACCUUGACAAUCUUUGGAGGCUCGUUUCUCCACACCUUUGUUGAGAGGCUGCACCUCUGCAUACCUGCACUGGAGGUGUGAAGAAAUGAAACGAGUGCUAAAAGAGGCUCUGAAGCCUGUAAUUGAUCUAUUGCUGUUAUUCUGUGGUCCAUGAUACCAGGAAAGCCAGUCUGCGCCCCUGCAUUGGCACAUGGUUGAGAUGCCAUAGUUGCUGUGUCUAUAUGUAUUUCUGUCACAGAAACUAGUCAAAUGUUACUGUAGGAAGGAAGUUGUAAUGAAAAUGUACUUUUAAACUCUUAAGAGGCUCUUUGACCAAGAUGGACUUGUAAUGCAGUAUAAAUUGAAUAUUUUUUUACAGCCAUUCCAUGACAACACAGUAAUGUAGACAGACAUGUCUAAUACCAGAAACCUUCACUUUUUUGUAGUAAAUAGAACAAAACCACACGCUCUUAUCAAGAGAUCACACAGUUUAUAUGUCAAAACAAAAGAUAAAAAAAAGAUGGAGCUCAGACAGUGAGUUCCCAAAGCUCACCUCAUCAUGCAGAUGUAUUUAUUUUUGUUACUGCUUUUUCUUUAGCCGUUUUGCCAGGACUAUAACCACACAUGUACUGUAGUGUUUCAAACAUUUACAAUAAAAUACUUUGUACUAAA